UGCACCGCGGUGACGGAACGCAGCUGAGUGAAGCUCCUCGGCAGCAGGGGCCGGUGUGUCUGUUCGUAUCAUGGCGACUUACGUGGACAUCCUGAAAAGCGAGUUCCCCGAAAUUGACACCGAAGUGUUUGACUAUAUCACCGGAGUGCUAGACAGUGGUGGUUCUGAUUUUGAAGAUGGAGAGGAAGUGUUCGAGGCCAUUGGUGGGGUUCUCCAGGAAGUAGCUGCUGAGAAAAACGAGGACGACGUCCGAGAUAUCUGUCUCCAGUUGUUUAAUACACUUAAGUUGUCUAAUUGCAACUCAAACCCGAGGCAGGUGUUGCUGGAUGCUCCAGUUCAGCUGUCUCAAAUCUCUGUGGAUUCUGCUGGAUCAGCUACUAAUGAUGUGCAGGGCAUUUGGAUGGUCAAGAGAAAUCAGAGUACGACUGUAGAUGCCAAGAAGUUGGAGAAGGCGGAGGCCAAACUGAGGGCAAAGCAUGAGCGGAGAAAUGAAAAGGACUCCCAGAAACCCUCAAACCCACUGGUCUUGGAGGAGGCUUCUGCCAGCCAGGCUAGCAGUAAGAAGGAGAGUCGGGUGGACAUGUCCGGGAAGAAUCGCAGUUAUGAUAUCCGCAUAGAAAACUUUGACGUAUCAUUUGGGGAGAGAUCUCUGCUGCAGGGGGCGGAGCUGUGUUUGGCAAGCGGCCGCAGGUACGGCCUGGUUGGACGUAACGGUCUGGGAAAGACCACGCUGCUGAAGAUGCUGGCCAGCCGCAGCCUCCGCGUGCCUGCGCACAUCUCCAUCCUGCACGUGGAGCAGGAAGUGGCAGGAGACGACACUCCGGCCCUCCAGAGCGUCCUGGAGAGCGACACGGUCCGAGAGGAGCUGCUCACCGAGGAGCGCAAGCUCAAUGCCCACAUUGCCAAUGGAACAGCGGAUGGGUCUGAAAGUGUACGCCUUUCUGAAAUCUAUGCUAGACUGGAAGAGAUUGAGGCAGACAAGGCUCCAGCAAGAGCGUCGGUUAUUCUGGCAGGUUUAGGUUUUUCUCCCAAGAUGCAACAGCAAACAACCAAAGAGUUUUCUGGAGGCUGGAGGAUGAGAUUAGCUUUAGCACGAGCUCUUUUUGCCAAGCCUGACCUUUUGUUACUUGAUGAGCCCACAAACAUGUUGGAUGUCCGAGCCAUUCUGUGGUUGGAGAAUUAUUUACAAACAUGGCAGUCGACUAUCCUUGUGGUGUCUCACGACCGGAACUUCUUGAAUGCUGUCGCAACCGACAUCAUCCAUCUGCACACUCAGCGUCUAGAUAGUUAUCGUGGUGAUUACGAGAACUUUAUCAAAACAAAAGAGGAUCGACUGAAGAACCAACAAAGGGAGUACGAGGCUCAGCUGCAGUAUAGAGAACAUAUACAGGUAUUCAUCGACCGGUUCAGGUACAACGCCAACAGAGCUGCUCAGGUGCAGAGCAAACUAAAGCUUUUGGAGAAACUCCCUGAACUCAAACCUAUUGAUAAGGAAUCUGUAGUUGUUUUAUGUUUCCCAGAUAACUUUGAGAAGCUGUCUCCACCAAUCCUGCAGUUAGACGAAGUGGAGUUCUCUUACUCCCCUGACAUUCAUCUGUUCACAGGCCUCUGCGUUUCUGCUGACCUGGAGUCUCGAAUCUGCAUUGUAGGUGAAAAUGGGGCUGGUAAGUCCACAUUACUGAAGCUGCUAAUGGGGGAUCUCACGCCUAUAAGUGGAACCAGACAUGCCCACAGAAACCUGAAGAUUGGCUAUUUUAGCCAGCACCAUGUAGACCAGCUGGACCUCAAUGUUUGUUCGGUGGAGCUGCUGCUUAGCAAGUUUCCUGGUUUGACGGAGGAAGAAUACAGACGUCAACUUGGUAGAUAUGGAAUUAGUGGGGAGUUGGCAACCCGACCGGUAGCAAGCCUUUCAGGAGGACAGAAAAGCCGUGUGGCUUUUGCCCAGAUGACCAUGCCUUGCCCUAACUUUUACAUCCUUGACGAGCCGACCAAUCACCUGGAUAUGGAAACGAUCGAAGCGCUUGCAAAGUCAUUGAAUACCUUCAAAGGAGGUGUGGUUUUGGUCUCUCACGACGAGAGGCUAAUCCGACUCGUGUGUAAGGAGCUUUGGGUGUGUGAGGCUGGCCGUGUGCAUCGCAUUGACGGUGGCUUUGACGAGUAUAAGGACAUCCUGCAGGAACAGUUCCGGAGGGAAGGUUUCCUGUGAACAUCCGAACCAACCAUGCACCUUUGUGUCAUCUGCACACCAUUUAAACUGACUCUACAUCGCCACCGCCCCAAUCUGCUAACUGACUCCAUGCGUACAGUCUUGAACUCAAGUGACCAUCAGCCUGGCUGGGUCCGAUUUGGUGCCAUCUUUGCUGUCCCUUUCCCUCCACAUAUGCCGAUGUUGUCCUCUUCUUUUACCAGCCUAGCCCACCUGCCUCUGCUGCUGCACCAAAAUCAUGUUGUCACCGCCCGAGGGGUUUAUGCUACAUCUGUAACGGUUCUUAUGACAUGGGGGCAGGCUGGGAGGCACAUGCUGGACUUUUCUGCACAGGUCUUAUGGUUGAUUCUGCACACAAACAGAGACCAAGCCUGUUGUAGUAAAUGCAAAGUGAAGGGGACAUAUGCAUUAACAUUGUGUUUCAAUGCAAAUGAUGUACUUAACUUAUCAACUGCAAUUUUAGAACAUGCUAAUAAAAACAUAGCAGUCAAUCAGUUUUAACA